AUGCCAAAGAGAAAGAGCUUGACUGGCAGGGAAAAACGCCAGAGAGAUAAAGAGCGCAAGAGGGAAAAGAGGCAGGAGCAGUCCUUGCCACCACCAGAUGCUAGACUUGGUGAUCCUCCUCAAGAUUCUGCUGUCCCGGCUGGGGCAGUAGAUGGAGCUAUCUCAGCUCCACCCGGUAAUUUUCCGGGGCAAGGCUCUAUAGGGUUGCCGCCUUUUGAGGAAAAACCCUUGGCCAGGUUGCAGGCCUCUCUUCGCGAGAAAAUGCAACCAACUGCCCUGAGUAACGCAUCUUCUCAGGGAAGUCGUCUGUGUGCCCGAAACGGAGGCAUGGCACCGUCCCCUGACUCCCCACCGUGGGUUUGUACCUCGCCGAGGGUACCUGAGCCGGACACCGUGCACGUGUCUGGCUCAGCAGGUCAGGCGCAGCUGGAUAUGUCAUCCUCUAAGGGGGAUGAGUCCAGCAGGAUAUUGAUUGAUGCAAACCAGAGUAAAAGAACAAGAUCUAAAAAGUAUACUAAAAGGAAUUUACAUGAUGAAAAUGAGAAUAUAGAGAAUGUAUAUGAGAGAUAUAAAUCAGAAUGUAGAAUUGGAAGACUGUGUACUGGUGAACUUGGUGUUGACUAUGCUUGUGGUAGUAAAGAUGGACCAGUAACAUUGAAAGAGGUAUGUAUUCAAGGGUCUUUUCAUCAAGGUGACUUAAUGUUUGGUGAAAAUGCAGGAACACAAUGUGUUGCAAACUCUUUAGCAGCUUUAGCAUACCAUAAAGUAAAGAAUUCUAAUCAGUGGCAAACUUCAGAUAUGAAUAAAGUGUUAGCAACAGGAGAUGAGCUUUAUACGUACUUGCAGCGUAGUUCAACCAUUGUCAGUAGGUAUCUUUUUGUGAAUGAGUUGCCUCAAUUUUUUGAGUGUUUUAAUACAACGUUUGAGUUCAAAGCACGCGAAUCUUUAUGCAGCCUAAUAAAUUUGUCAGAUGUAGAACCAAACUAUGAUGAAUUUAAUGCAUAUUCACUCACAGAUGCAUUGCAAAUUGGUCUUGGAGAAACAAGUGGGUGUUUUGUAUGCUUCAAGGGAAAUACUUUUUUGGUUGGAAAAACAGAGGAUGGCUUCUUUACAUUUGAUCCACAUUCACGGUCACAAUCGGGGUGUAUGAUUGUUAGUGGAAGGAGUACAAGGAUACUGUAUCAAUCGGUUGAUGAUAUUUACAAUCACAUCUUGUCCUUGGCUAUCUCAAUGGGAAUUUCUGGAAUUACUGAAUGUGAAAUUACAGGUGUUGAUUGUUCAGUUAGCCAGUUUGCAACAACUGAUAAACAUGUUAUUGAAAUUGAGCCAGGAAAAUACACUCAGCAGAAUAAAGACUUGAAUUUAGCAGUUCAAGAAAACAGAGACCUUUUGACUGCAAAUGUUCAAUCAGAUGCUAAUGGUUUUCAGUCAGUUGCCAAUGAUGAUGUUGAACUCAUUAGCAGUGAAAGUCAUAGUAUUAGUUUUCUGCCACUUUCUAACUCUGUGAAAUUACAGCUUUGUCAGACCCUGGGAAUACCACAGUCAGGUACAAAUAGUAAUGUUGAACAGGAUUGCUUUGUGCAAGAAGCAGGUGCACCUACUGAAUAUGUUGAAAUUGAAGGGGAUGGAAAUUGUUUUUUCAGAGCCAUUUCAUUUUGUUUGAUUGGAGUAGAAGAUCAUCAUUAUGCAAUACGAUCAGCAGUGUGUAAACAUCUACUACAAAAUAGAAUAUUGUUUGAAGCUUUUGUAAGAUCUACAGAAAGUUCUGUUGAAAAUCACUUGAAUUUAACAGGAAAACAGGUAGAACCUAUGAAUGUUCAAAGCACAGGGUCAUUUUAUUUAGUUCAUCAGGAUCAGAAUCAUUACAAUGUAGUGGUGACAGUUAUGGAGAAAGAAACGGUUUGUUCCAAGAAAAAUAAUUCCCAAUUAAAGGAAAGAUAUAAAAGUGAUGGAAUUUUCAAAGCAAAGGCAAAACAGAGGAGCUUGGAAGCUAGUAAAAGGAAAUAUGUAAUAGAUGGUAUCCAUAAACAAUACAGGAAGAGAAGAAGUAUUGAGAAAUAUAGGUUAGAUAAAGUACAUAGAGAGGGUGUUAAACAAAGAAGUAUAAAUAAGUACAAGAAAGAUAAAGAACACAGAAAAGAUGUGAAACAAAGAAGUACAGAGAAAUACAGGAAUGAUGAAGUACACAGAGAGGGUGUAAAACAAAGAAGUACAGAAAAGUACAUGAAUGAUGAAUUGCACAGAAAGGAUGUAAAACAGAGAAGUACAGAAAAGUACAGGAAUGAUGAAGUACACAGAAAUGAUGUAAAACAAAGAAGUACAGAGAAAUACAGGAAUGAUGAAGUACACAGAUUGAAUGUUAAACAAAGAAGUAUUGAAAAGUACAAAAAUGAUGAAGAACAUAAGCAUAAGGUUAAGGGUGUUAAUAAAGUAAAGUAUCAUUUUAGUGCUGCUGAGAAAAAGAAGAAGAAGGAGAAUGUUCUGAAUCAGAGACGAGCCCUAAAAGUAAAGUUGGAAGAUGAUGAAGAAGUUGUGAAAUUGUUUAAGGAAAGUGUGAGAGAUGGUCCAGACUACAUAUGUUGCUGUUGUCAACGUUUACUGUUUGAACAUCAAGUCCAAGGAUGCAGACUUGAAAUGUACAAAGAAAGACAUGAAGCUUACAAGAUUGCACAGAAUUGUAUACAGAAAAAAUACUCUCAUGAUUGUAAUCUGUCUUGUCCAGUGCAUUGCCCCCAGUCAUCAUUGUGGAUAUGCUUUACUUGUCAUAGGAAAAUAUUGAAUGGGAAUAUUCCAGCAGAGGCAGCUGUUAAUAAAAUGUCAUUAGAGGAAAUUCCAUGCGAACUUAGCAGUUUAAACAGUUUGGAACAGCAUUUAAUUGCUUUGCAUAUUCCCUUCAUGAAAGUGAUGGCUCUUCCACAAGGUGGUCAAAGGAAUGUACAUGGGCCUGUUGUUUGUGUGCCAUCAAAUAUGGAAAAGGCAACAGCUUUACCAAGAAAUGGGGAUGACAAUUUAUUGUUAAGAGUUAAGCUAAAACGAAAGCUAGCGUACAAGGGCUAUUACGAAUACCAAUUUGUUAAUCCAAAUCAUGUUUACAUGGCUCUUGAUUAUUUAAGGAAAGAAAACAAAUGGUAUAAAGACCUAGUGAUAAACACCUUGUGGGAAGGAAAUAGUGAUCAAAAUGACUUGCUAUUUAAUGAGACUCGUGAAUUUUUAGAUGAAGAAGUGAAAGAAGAUGAGAGAGAUGAAAAUCCAGUUGUUACUGACACUUGUUUACAGCCAGUAGAUGUGGCACAAGAAGUUCUUGAUCAUUACUUUGAUGACGUUUACAAUAUAGCACCAGGUGAAGGGAAAAAUCCAAUCCGAAUGUUGCAAGAAGAAGGAAACGAAGCAAAAUCAUUUCCACAUUUAUUUCCAAGUGGCAACUUUUCUUGGAAUGAAGAUCGAGAUGUAAAAAUAACCUUAUCAAGAUAUUUUAACAACAGACUUAUGAAUGCUGAUAACAGAUUUGCUAAGGACACAAAUUACAUCUUCUUUUCUCAAUACAUGUCAGAAUUGAACCAAGUAAUCGAGAAAACACAAAUUUCAAUUCGAAAGUCUUUAUCGAAGCUUGAUAGUGGAAAUGCAGUAACAUCUGAAAUGUUACAGAAUCCAGAUGUUCUCUCAAAACUCUUAAGGAAUGAUGAGGCUUUACGGUUUAUGCAACCUAUUAGAGGAACUCCUGCAUAUUGGUCAGCUUCUCAGAAAGAUCUGUUUGCUAUGCUUCGACAGUUAGGCAUCCCAACAUGGUUUUGUUCAUUUUCUGCAGCGGAAUUCAGAUGGAACGAAAUAAUUGGAUCGAUUUUACUUCAAGAAAAUGAUUCUAGAUCCCCUUCUGAUUUAGACUGGUCAGAAAAGAGUGAAAUUUUGAGAAGCAAUCCAGUUACUGUUGCCAGAAUGUUUGAACAUAGAUUCCAUAUGUUUCAAAGACAUGUAAUAUUGUCACCAUCAAAACCAAUAGGAAAUGUUAUUGAUUUCUUUGUUAGAGUAGAAUUUCAACAAAGGGGCUCUCCACACAUGCAUUGCUUGUACUGGGUUGAGAAUGCACCAAAAUUUGAUGAAGAUGAUGAUAACACUGUUUGUGAUUUCAUUGAUAAAUAUAUCACAUGUGCUAUACCUGCUGAAAAUGAUGACCAAGAGCUGCGAGAAAUUGUGUUAGGUGUUCAACAACAUAGUAAGAACCAUUCUAAAUCCUGUAGGAAAAAGGGUACAGACUGUCGAUUCCACUUUCCAAGACCACCAUCAGAAAGAACCUUUAUUACAAGACAAUGUGAGGAAAAUGAGGAGGACUCUGAGAAAUUUGACGGAUUGAGUAAAUCUCAGGCUAAAGAUAUUUUGAUGCAUGUUUGGAAUGAAGUUCUUGAUGAUGUGAAUCGAGGCAAAACUGCAGAAGAAAUAUUCACUAAGAUGCAAUUAUCACAGGAUACUUACGAAAGGGCACAUAGGGUAUUAUCUGCAAAAACAAGUACUAUCUUGAUUCGAAAUCCUGAUGAAAUGUGGACAAACCAAUACAACGCAUGCCUUCUCAAAUGCUGGGAUGCCAAUAUGGACAUACAGUACAUUCUUGACCCAUUUAGCUGCAUUGUGUACAUAAUUUCAUACAUAUCCAAGUCAGAACGUGAAAUGGGAAUGCUGCUGAAACAAACUCAAGUAGAAUCUGCAGAGGGAAAUUUAAGUGCUCGUCAGACAAUAAGAAAAAUUGGAUCAGCUUAUCUUAAUCAUAGAGAAGUGAGUGCCCAAGAAGCAGUGUACAGAGUUUGUAAUCUAAAAAUGAAAGAAGGAUCUAGGAAAGUAGUGUUUGUUCCUGUUGGUGAAAAUCCGACUAGAUUAAGUAAACCCCUUUCACAAAUGAAAAGAACACGUAAGAACGAAGAUGAUAUGGAAGAUGAUGACGAAAGUAUUUGGAUGACAAAUAUAGUGGAGAGAUAUGAAAAUCGUCCUGAUCUACAAACUUUUCCAGAAAUGUGCCUUGCAGAAUUUUGCUCAGAGUAUCGUGUUUUGGCAAAAUCUGAAAUUCCCAAGGGAGUAAAAGAAGGCGUUUAUGAAUUGAAAAAUGGAAAUGGUUACAUUCAGAGAAGAACAAGAGCUAAGCCAGCCAUAGUAAGAUAUCCAAGGUUCAAUCCUGAAAAUGCAUCCGAAAAGUAUUAUCAGUCAAUACUACAGCUUUUUCUUCCAUACUGGACCCAAGAUCAAUUAAAACCACCUGGAUUCAAAUUUUAUCAGACAUUUUACGAAGAGGGGUUUGUCAGAAUAGGAACUGAAUUCAAAUUACAGUCUGUCAGGAUUGUGGUUGAAAACAAUCGUUGUAAUUUCUCAAAGAAUGAGGAUGCCCUUGAAAAUGCUCAGGAAACUCUAGAAGUUUAUGGUGAACCUGAAGAUGCUUGGGCUAACCUUUGUCCAGAAACUGAAAGAAAUCGAGAUGAAUGUCUAAAUGAAAAGAGAAAAACAGAACAAUCAGAAAACAAAGAACAAGAAAUCACUCAUGAAAUUGAACAUGAUGGCCCUUCAGAUUUGAUAUACCAUAUUAGGGAAAAUUCAAACUCAAGGCAAGAAAUUGUGCCUUUAUUGCGAAAUUUAAAUGAUAAACAAAGACAAGUUUUCUACAUAGUUCGCGAAUGGUGCUUGAAAAAAGUAGCUGACAGGAAAGUAGAACCAUUACAUAUCUUUGUUACCGGAGGUGCAGGAACAGGAAAAAGUCACCUGAUAAAGACUAUACAGUAUGAGGCCUCUCGAAUUUUUGAGAAAAUUGUUUCAUCUCCUUCAGAUUUAUCUGUUCUUCUCACAGCUUUUACUGGAACUGCUGCUUUCAACAUUGGGGGAAACACAAUUCACCACGUAUUUUCUUUAACCAAAGCUCUACCCAUUCCAUACGAACCCUUGAAAGAACAGAGUUUGAGUGCAAUGAGAGCGAAGUUGGCUUCUCUACAGAUUUUAGUAAUCGAUGAAGUCUCAAUGGUGUACAAACGACUUUUGUAUUACAUUCAUGAACGACUGGUACAAAUCAAGAAAUGCAAGGAACCUUUUGGUGGUAUUUCUGUAAUAGCAGUUGGAGAUUUUUACCAACUACCUCCUGUGAAACAACGAAAGUUGGAAAUACUCUACAAACAAAAUGAUGAAUAUCCCAUAGACUACUGGUUAGACUUCUUCAAAAUUGUUGAGUUAAAAGAAAUAAUGAGACAACGUGACGAUGCCGCAUUUGCUACAGUUUUGAAUUCACUACGGAUCAGAACGAUAGAGGAACCACUUUCAGAAGAGGCGAAAACAAUGCUAAAAGAGUGCAUCAGAGAUGGACCAGACGAAGUACUGCAUGUGUAUCCUACAAAUGAAGAAGUAAAUGAAUAUAAUCUAAAGAUGUUGCAAACAAGUUGUGAAGAAUUGAUAGAGAUAUCUGCGGAAGAUUAUCAAAAAGAUAAUACUACAGGAAAGCUGACUUUACGUGAAAAACCCUUCAUACGGACAAGAACAGAUGGGCUCUCUGCUUCUUUGCUGUUUUCUGUGAAUGCUAGAGUUAUGCUGACAAGAAAUAUCAAUGUGGAAGACGGACUUGUAAAUGGUGCGAUGGGGCAUAUUUCAGCUUUUGAUUUUGGACAAGCUCAGCAAAGAAAUAGGGUAGAAGGGAUUAGAAUUUUGUUUGAUAGUGAAGACAUUGGAAAGCUGCAAGGGAAAAAGACACCACAUGGAAACGAAGUAUUGAUUCAAAGAAUACAAGAAGACAUCAAGGAGAAAAAUUCAAAGAAUGUUGUACGACAUCAGUUUCCCUUGAAACUCGCUUGGGCAUGUACAGCACAUAAAGUUCAAGGCAUGACAACAAAGAGUGUUGUUGUAAAUUUGGAUCGUACAUUUGCUCCAGGACAGGCAUAUGUUGCUGUUAGCCGUGUCACUUCACAAAAUGGUUUAUUCAUAGAAACAAAAGAUGAAAAGGCAUUACUGAGAAAAAUUUAUGCUAAUCCAGACAUAAAGGCUGCACUGUCUAAGAUGGAGAAAUUAGUCCCUGAGCAAGAUUAUCUGAACUGCUAUGAUGAUCAAACCUUAAAAACGAUUGUUUUACUUAAUGUGCAAAGCUUAAGAGCACAUUUUCUUGACCUCAAAAGUGAUACAAGAUUCCUCAAAGCAGACCUUAUCUGUGUCACUGAAACAUGGCUGACAGACAAUGAUAGAAUACAAAAUUUUGAAAUUGAUGACUUUAAAUUCAACCAUAUAACAAGGAAGAAGUCAUAUGAUGAAAGUGUUGACAGUUUUGCUAAACUUCGAGUGUCCAAAGGAGGAGGGGUAGGUGUUUAUAAGAAGAGAAACGAAAAAGUUUUGGUUAAUGUUUUAUCUCAGAAAAAUAUUGAGGGAAUGGCUGUAGAACUUUGUGAGGAGGACACGGUUAUCAUCAUAGUAUAUCGACCAAGUUCUCUCAAUGUCAGUUUGUUCCUUGACUCCCUUCAGAGAGUUUUAGAUUUUUAUAAAGUAUUGUUUUCUCAAUGCCUUAUACUCGGUGAUUUCAACGAAGAUGCACAAUCCAAAGGACCAAUUCAAAGAAUGUUAGAAAACAGUGGAUUUAAACAGAAAGUGAACUUUGCAACAACAGACGGAAAUUCAAUAUUAGAUCAUGUUUACAUUACAGAGGAGAUGGAAGCAAGAGUAGAGGCCAUGUCAGUAUAUUACAGCUAUCAUGAAGCUGUUAAAGUUUAUUUAAGAACAAGAUAG